AUGACAGAAACCACCAUAUUCUACAAGUCCCAUAACCCUGGUGGUGAAAGCAUACUCCUAAUCCAUGGCGGAUUCUCCGACGGCAGCGAAUGGGACGGUGUAUGGCCCCUCCUCGCAGAGCACAAUUACCAUCUCCUCCUUCCUGAUAUGCCCUCUCACGGAAACUCAGUUGAUAUCCAUCCAUUCGAGAUUGACGAUACUGUCCGUCGAUUAGCAGCGCUGAUCAAGGCCGAAGCGCGAGGAGGUCUCGCUCAUGUGGUUGGUAUCAGCAUUGGUGGCCACAUUGCCGCAGCUUUGGCAUCACAGCACCCGUCUUAUGUCCUUUCCCUCAUCGUAUCAGGCUUCAACAUAUUUACGCCUAACCUAUUCACGCCUGUUUUACCACUGUUUGUUUACGGAGUUCAGCGAGGUAGCGGGUUUGCGCGACAGCCAUUCGCCGAAUGGGACCGUUUUUGUCGGGGUCUCGGGUCUCUUGCCUUGACACAAGAUGUAUUUAAUAUCUUGAUAUCCUCGCGAGAGCUUCAAACGAUUGAAUGUCGUACGUUGGUGGUCGCUGCCACGCGGCCUGGAGUUUCGGCAGACAAUAUUGAUCAUUCUCGCCGGCUUUUCGAAACUGUAGUGGCAGGAAACGGGAGUCAAGUUGUCCAGCAUUGGGGAAUGCGGCACCCAUGGAACGAGGAAGAGCCCAAGGUUUUCGCGGACAUGGUAAAACGCUGGAUUAUAACCCAAGAGCUACCAGAUGGGUUUGAGGUAAUCCCUUGA